CUGGUCCUGAAGCUGAAGAGGAUGAUGGCGGUGAUGGAGGAGCAACGCUGAGUUCCCUCUCCCAGUUUUCGCUCCCCAUUUUCCAUUCAUUCUUUUCUGACUAUUAAAAAAGACAACAUAGCGUCAUAGAAGAGACACCGCCGAUUUGACCGAAUACCUUUCUCCACCUCCCUCCCGUCUCCUGAGCCGAGACAGAGAUGGGGAACGAAGCGAGCAUGGAGGGCGGCGGGCAGCCCGGUGAGCCAGGAGCCGUCGGGAUGAUGGGCUCGGUGAUGCCCGGAGGACCCGCAACAGGACCGGGGGCAGGACAGCACGUGAAGCCGGUCAACGGAACCGCUACCGGGGGAGGGAUGGGGAUCGGAGGCCCCGGGAUGGGAAUGACAAGGGGUCCAAUGGGCAGCCCCAAGCCUGGUAUGCAACAAGGAGGCCAUGGAGGAGGAGGUGGAGGAAUGGGAGGAGUAGGUGGUAUGGGAGGAGGAGGAAUGGGAGGAACAGGAGGAGGAGGUAUGGGAGGAGGAGGAAUGGGGGGAAUAGGGGGAGUAGGAAUGGGCGGAGGUGGAGGACUAGGGCCCAGAGCUGUCGAGCCCUACCGCCUGGCCACUCACGAGACUCCGACUUCCCCCCGACAUAUGCAGUCAAGCCAGGGGCCCGGCAUGGGGCAUGGCCCCGGGUCUGGCCAUGGGAUGGUUCACGGACCACCUGGGUCCAGCAUAGGAGGCCAUGGAGGUCAAUCAAGUCCUGGUCAGCACGCCUCCCGUCGAAACCUCCAAGUUGACUUCAGCGGUUCGGGCGGCUCCAGGACAGGCCGGUCUCCCUCUGUGUCUCCUGACCGCGGCCUGACGCCCACCUCGCCCUACUCGGUGCCGCAGAUUGCUCCAAUGCCGAGCAGCAAACUGUGCCCAGUGUGCACAAGCACAGAGCUGUCCAACCCACCGGCUGUACCCAACUACAACACCUGCACCCAGUGUAAGGCCACCGUCUGUAACCAGUGUGGAUUCAACCCCAACCCGCACCUCACUGAGGUCCAGGAAUGGCUGUGUCUGAACUGUCAGAUGCAGAGAGCUCUUGGCAUUGAUAUGACCACGCCUCGCUCUGUGAGCCAACAGCAGAUUCACUCUCCGUCUCACCAAGCCAAACCAAUCGUCCAGCCUCAGCAGCCUGCACCUCAGCCAAUACAACCGGCAGCAGCAGCUCAGCCCAAACCUUUGGCACAGAGUCAGCCCACUCAGCGGCAGCAGCAGCAGCCACCUCAGUCUCAGCCUAAGUCUCAGCCCUAUGGCCAGACUCAACCCUAUUCCCAGACCCAGCCAUUCCCCCAGUCCCAGCCAUUUCCCCAGUCCCAGCCAUACUCCCAGUCCCAGCCAUACUCCCAGUCCCAGCAGUAUUCCCAUCCUCAGCCCCAGUCAUACUCUGGAUCCAAGACAGGGCCCCAGAAUCAGCCUAAUACCUCACCAGGCUUGCAGAGACAUCCAGGCCGUGGCGGACCCCAGACUCAACCGGAGUCCUUUCAGCAAGGCAUGAGGUCUGAUCCUUACUCCCAGAGAGGUCCCGGGGCUCCAGCAGCUGUUGGAGGUCCCGCAGGUGGCCCCAACCAGCCUGGGGGUCCACGGAUUCCCCACCCUGGCGCUGUGCCUCUCCCUGGCUUGACCAAGGCUCCAUCCCAGCCUGAUUUGGGUCGCGGUUCCCCGAUGCACCAGUCAAUGGCACGGCAUCAUGACCAGACUAGAAGCGCCGGCUCCUCCCCAGCCCACAGACCUCAGAGUCAGGCGCCUCCUCCUGCCCAGGACGGCCUGACCAAACUGUUUGGUUUUGGAGCAUCUCUGCUCAAUCAGGCGAGUACCCUGAUCAAUGUUGACCCUCUAGCCACCGCCUCCACCCAGCCAAGUCCUGCACGAGGCAAAGUGGUGUUCAGUAAUGCAACUACUGACAUCAAACAGCAACAACAAGGGACCCCGGGCACCAAACCAUUCAGUACAGGGGGCCCUCAUGCUCCAACUCAAAUGGGUGGCCCUCAUGCACCGAGCCAAAUGGGGGGCCCUCAUGCUCCAACUCAAAUGGGUGGCCCGUAUACAUCGAGCCAAAUGGGGGGUCCUAAUGCGCCUAGUCAAAUUGGGGGUCCUCAUAUGCAGAGCCAAAUGGGUGGUCCUUAUACGCAGAGCCAAAUAAGGGGUCCUGAUACGCCGAGCCAAAUGGGAGGUCCUCAUACGCCUAGCCAAAUGGGAGGUCCGCAAAUGGGAGGUCCCCAAAUGGGCGGUCCCCAAAAGGGCGGUAGCCACAUGGGCGGUCCACAAAUGGGCGGUCCACAAAUGGGUGCGCUACAUGCAACAACCCAGAAGCAGCCAACCAAGCUGCAUCAACAAGGAAUGCCGCAACAGCAGUUGCCUGCCCAUCAUCAAAAAGGGCAGCAAGGACAACAACCUCAGCAAACACCUGCUCAUCUGCAGAAAGUGCCGCGGAAGCAGGAGCCCAUGGCAGCCCCUGUGCCUGCUCCAGAGCCUGUGAAGCCUAAAGUGAACUGUCCUCUUUGUAAAACGGAACUGAACAUUGGCAGCUCUGACCCGCCCAACUACAACAGUUGUACGCAGUGUCACAGCCAAGUGUGUAACCUGUGUGGCUUCAACCCCACACCGCAUCUGGUGGAGAAAAAGGAGUGGUUAUGCCUCAACUGCCAGACCCAGCGGCUGAUGUCUGGAGGCGGUCUUGAUGAACCUCCACUUCCUGUUCCUCAUCCGUCUCCCAAGCACCAGCCAAUGGGCUCGCCCCGUCACCAGGCUCCAACCAGUCAGCAAAGCCCUCUCCAUAAAUCCACCAAUCAGCAAGGGCCCAGGCCAGCCCACCCGCAGACUCAGAAAGCACUGGCAGGAACUGGUGGUAGCGGACCUUUUGCGCCCACUGCUGCCAAACAACAGACCGACACCAAGAUCACGACACCAGCUCCGGCACCAGUGUCAACCACAGAGACCCAGAAACAUCCUAAACCCACAGAGGAAAAACCCAAAACUGAGCCUGAGAACCAAACUGCCAAAACCACCAAACCGUCCCAGAAGAAAGGAGAGCAGAUCACACCGAUCAAGGAAAUCAAGAAGUCAAGGCACUAUGAUGACACAAAAAACAACAGCACCCAUGACUUGUCACGUAGCCCUCAAAGCCUUAGUGACACCGGCUACUCCUCUGAUGGCAUCUCUAGCUCCCACAGUGAAAUCACAGGUCUAAUCCAAGAAGAGGAGAUGAAGCUAAGUGAGAGGGGGAUCACCGGGCGUGGCUCUCCACCAAGCCCUUCUGAAAUCACAAAGCUAGAAAGCUCCAUGAGGCCUUUGCUGGAGAAGAGCCUUUCUGAAGAGAAGGUUGACAGAAGAGGAAGGAAGCACAGAGACUUGGAUGAAAGAGGGAAGCAGCGGCCACGCUCCCUUUCAAUUCCACCAGAUGCAUACGACUCUGAUGAGGAACUAGAAGAUAUACUAGAGGAAGAAGAAGAUGGAGGAGACUGGGAAGGUAAACGGAAGGAAGGGAAGGAAGAGAAGAAUGGGAAGAAAAAGAAGGAAAAAGAGGCUGAGCCCACAGAGAUGACAGAUGAAGAGUUCAUGAGGAGACAAAUUAUGGAGAUGAGUGCUGAUGAAGAAAAUGAGGAUGAGGAAGAGAUGGAGGAAGAGGAAGAUGAGGAAGAUGAAGGAUAUGGCUACCAGAAACCCAAGAAAAGCCACCAUAAACACAUAAUCUCUGACUCAGGGAAAGAGAAAAGACGUCUUCAGCACCACUCCAGCAGUUUCGAGGAGGAAACUAAGAGCUCUACCGAUGUUUAUAAAGGCUCAUUGGAGGAGGGUGAGGAAGAUGUGAUGGCAUCACAAGGAGGCUUGAGGCGCUUUAAAACUAUUGAACUCAAUAACACCAAUAGCUACAACCGAGACAUGGAGCUGGGCAAUGAAAAUGACUUGAGCCUUGAUCAUGAACCAGAGCUAGAGAUGGAGAGCCUGACAGGAUCUCCAGAGGAGCGUUCUCGGGGUGACUACUCCUCAACUCUGCCAGCCACUUCCUCCUCGUAUGGCUCAGGCCAGUCUCCUACUUCCAUAUCAUCAAUGGAGGAGGACAGUGACAGUAGCCCCAGCAGGAGGCAAAGGCUGGAAGAAGCCAAGCAGCAGAGGAAAGCACGCCACCGCUCCCAUGGCCCUCUCCUUCCCACCAUUGAAGACUCUUCGGAAGAAGACGAGCUGAGAGAGGAAGAAGAACUUCUGAGAGAGCAGGAGAAAAUGAGGGAGGUGGAACAACAGAGAAUAAGGAGCACAGCACGAAAGACCAAGAGGGAUAAGGAGGAGCUGAGGGCUCAGAGACGCAGAGAGAGGUCCAAGACACCACCUAGUAAUCUCUCACCAAUUGAGGAUGCUUCUCCGACGGAAGAGCUGAGACAAGCUGCAGAAAUGGAAGAGCUCCAUCGUUCUUCUGCUUCUGAAUAUUCCCCUCAAAGUCUGGACUCAGAGGCUGAGGGAUACGAGUCCAAACUUUACAAGUCAGGAAGUGAAUACAACCUGCCUACCUUUAUGUCUCUCUACUCACCAGUAGAGAAAUCAUCAACUACAACAACAACCACAGCACCGUCUUCAACUUCAAAACCAUUAAAGAGCGCUGAGGAGGUUUAUGAGGAGAUGAUGAGGAAGGCAGAGAUGCUUCAGAAACAACAGCAGCAACAGCAACAUCAUGGAAGACAUGGGCAGUACUACGAGGAGGAUGUCAACGGACAAGGUUACGAUGACGAGUAUGAAUAUGAACAAAAUCAGGUCGGAUAUGACAAUGAGGCAGCAGAGACAGAAACAGAUAUUUAUGAGGAGAUCCGACAAACGUCUCAGAACAUCACCAAAAUGCAGCAGGCCACAGAUGAGCAAGUAGAGAUUGAGAUUGAGAGCUCCUUCCCAGACAAACAGCUCCUAGACACAGGCUCAGCGUUUGCUAAGCUACUGGAGCAAAGCAAUGCUCUACUUACUCCAGGGACCAGCCCCACCCAGAUCUCAGCUCCUGUCUCCUUUGCCGAGACUGGACGGAUUCCUGAUGUCCGAGUGACACAGCACUUCUCUGCAAAGGAUGGACACAAAGAUAGGAUCAAAAGCCAAGCAGGAAAGAAUGGAAUAACUCCAGCAGUGGCUGCCACAACUAUUGCAGCUUAUGGCGUUUAUGCCAGAGAUGCAGUAACUAUUUCUCAGACUAGUUCAAGCCACACUAUGACAACUACUCAGUCUGGUAUAUAUGGCCGGCACAUGGCAAGUCCUGCCACAUCCUCAGCUACAGUCUCAAGUGUAUGCAGCAAAAUUGCAGAGAUUACCCAGGCCUACAGUCAAAGAGAAGUGAUCACCAGAAGGGUAGGGGAGACCAGGGAUGUUCGAGACAGCUCAACAUCUUCCACUGAGAGAAUUAUUGAGCCACGUUCUCCAAAGUAUACUACUUAUUACAGGAGCACAAGUCCUCCUCUUUCUCCAUCACCACCACCACAGAGUCCAACCCGUUCACCUUCCAGGAGAAAUACAGCAGAGUUCUCUACACAGACUUUCAGUUCAGCAUUACGAAUGUCAGAUUCAGCUGGCUCUGGGCCUACUUCUCCAGUGACAGCUCAGGGAACCCAAACUUCUUAUCGAUCAGUUUCCCCACGGCUCUAUCGUCAGCAGUCUUCCCAGGAUACCCCGUACUCCCCACCUCCAAGUCCAGCUAGGCCUAUGACAGUCAACACUGCUACUUCUCCCUUGUCCUCACCUACCCGAUUUAGCCGACAAUCAACAUUUGACAAUUACUCCCCAUGUGGCAGUCCUCCAGACACGCCACCUUACCAACAGUCUCCUACACGUAGCUUCUAUCAAACACAAAGAGUUGAGAAAGUUAAUGUGGGGACAAGUAUGGUCACCACAGUCAGCACUUACACAAGAGGGUCCAUGUCAAUGGAUAACAUCUCUCUCUGUCGAAUAUCUACUGUCCCAGGCACUUCUAGGGUAGAGCAGGGCCAUAUGAUUCAAGGUGGAAGUGUUGUGGACCUCAGAACAGCCACCAAACCAGCUCCUAUUAUCAUGACUGACCAGGGAAUGGAUCUUACCUCCUUGGCAAGUGAAAGCAGGAAAUACCAUGGUGGAUUAGAGGGUAGUAGACAUUCAACAAUUGUACAGCCAUUGAUUAUGAACCUGAACACCCAGGAGAUCACUACACCAACCACUGUGAGUGUCACUGUGGCUGCUUCCAUGUUCAUGACCCAGCCAGCAGUCUAUGGUGAUCCACAUCAAAACCGAGUAGAUCUUGGUCAAGGCAUGGGUUCGGCUGUGUGUCUUUCCCAGACUAAACCACCAAUGUCACCUCCAACUGACCCAACAAUACCAAAAAUUGAUGCAAAACUGGAAGACCUCAGCAUCCAACAGAGAGAGCUACAAAUACAGCAAGAUAAGUUACAGAAGCAACAACUGCUUCUUGAACAGCAGUUGCAGCAGCAUCAUCAGAUGCAACAUCAACAGCAACAGGCAUCUGCUUUGGCCAGGUACAGCCUUACUGGCCAGAUCUCACCUUUUCUGAAAAAAGAUUUGCUAGUCAGUCAGAGUAAUGCUGCGUCAGCUGUGGUCAGUGCUGUAUCACCAGUCAUUAACCCUGAGCUGUAUGGCACUGGUCCCAUUGAGCUGAAAGGGAAGCCCAGUCCUCCUGGUGUGAUAUCUGGAGGUAAAUUACCACAUAGCGUUGUAGUACAGAUGGAUGGAGAGCCAGAGCAGACCAGAGCAGUGACUCAGCUAGUAAAAGUAGAAGAAGGACAGGAUGCUAUGGAUCUGACAGGAGGCCAAAUUAAACCUGAAAACCAACCAGCUUGCUGUGAUGUUGUUUAUCGACUUCCAUUUGGUGGAAGCUGUGUUGGGGGUGAGAAAGAGGGCAUAAGGCCUCCAUCUGCCCCACCUCUCACCUAUGAGUCUGACCAAGAAAGACAACCUGGAGGGUACCAUGAAUAUCCAGUGGAUGAAGGCAAGGCCUACACAUUACCUUUCCCUGGUAGACUUCAGCCUUCGAUGUCUGAUACAAACCUAGCUGAAGCAGGGCUACAGUCCUACCAUUCAAAAUUAGAACCACACAUCCAAGCCUCAGGAGAUCUUGCCAUAGAUCUAACUGCUAUGAAACAGGGUUAUGGAGGGUAUAUGGGGAUGCAGUAUGGUUCCUAUACAGAUUUACGACAUGGAGGAGACAUCACAGCCCAAACACUGCCUAUAAGGAGAUUUAAUUCCUUGUCUAACAUCAGUUCGGACUAUGGCUACACUGCUCGUGACAUUGCUAGCUUCCAAGAAGCUAACUUGGCCCAGUACAGUGCUACAACUGCCAGGGAGAUCAGCCGCAUGUGUGCAGCACUCAAUUCCAUAGAUCGAUAUGGAAGCAAUCCAGACUUGAUGCAGUUUGGUAGUUUGGGAAGAGGAACCGGGUCUGGGGCCUCCAGACUUGCAGCAGGUCUUGGCAUUAGACAAAACCUCCUAUUUGGAUUAGAUGGGAAGCCAAUUUCCCAUAGCCAAGCACUAACCAACCUUAUCAAUGCCAGGCAGGCCAGUCUCAGAGCCAUGUACCCUGCCGCGAUUAGGUCGUCUGAUGGGAUGAUCUACUCCACCAUUCAGACCCCCAUUGCUUCUACACUUCCCAUCACAACUCAGCCUGCCUCUGUUCUUCGCCCACUACUGAGGGGGGUCUACAGGCCAUGUCCCUCUGCCAACAUGACACCUGUGCCCCUAUCCAGUCUUAGCAGACUUCCAAUGAGCGCCAGGAUAUCCUUAACUGGACAAGCUCCAGUCCGUUACCCAGCCCCAGGUCUUCUCCAAACAACUUCAACCACUGCCACGACUGCUGGUGCUGCAACAACUUCAGCACCAGUAGGUACCCCGGUGUCUGUUUCCAUAACAACUACUAGUUCUACAGUCCAGGAUGAACCAGUUUAUCUCGGUAAAGGUGCAUCCUCAUCAACAGAGGUCACCCCAGUACAAGGAACAGUCAUACCAAUGGAUCCACAGCAGCAGCCAAUAAACCUGUCCCAAGCCCACCUGAACAGUCAACAGCAACAGCAACAAGUGGCAACUGCUCAGCAGCCCCAACAGCCUCCUCCAGCAGCCCAUGCCUACCCACCAUCAGCUUCUUCACAUACUCACGGCUACACCCAACCUCUAGUUGGCCCAUCUGGCCCCACUAGUGGCUUACCCAUUCCAGGGGGACUUCCUCCCUUCCCUCCACCAGGUGCCAUACACAAGGAGGGUGAAACCGAGGCAGACAGGCUGCAUCGGCAGCAGGAGCAGCUUCUGCAGAUGGAGAGGGAGCGUGUGGAGCUGGAGAAACUCCGGCAACUGCGCCUGCAAGAGGAGCUGGAACGAGAAAGGAUAGAGUUGAAGCUGCACAGGGAGAAGGAACAGAUGCUGGUGCAGAGAGAGUUGCAUGAGCUGCAGAACAUCAAGGAACAGGUUCUACAGCAGCAGCAACAAGAACGUGAGAAACAACUUGUUCUCCAGAGGGAGCAGUUGGCCCAGCAGAAGUCCCAGCUAGACCAGAUCCAGUCUUUACAAAAUCAGCUCCAGCAGCAGCUUGUAGAGCAGAAGAGACAGAAAACAGCUGCAGCUCAGAUGGGCUCCCGUUCUCUCCCCAACUCUUCGUCAGAGAUGUGCCUGAGGAGCCAGCAGGAACACAUGGAGACCAGGAGCAACAUGAGGAAGCACAGCUCAAUGACCAGGCUGAGCAGGGAUAGCUUGGACGGAGACGGUGGGGUGUUUUACGGCUCCCCUCGCAGGAUUGUGGACAGUUGUGUGCAGACGGACGAUGAAGACAGAGAGGAGAGGUACAUGAUGCGUCAUCGCACUAGAAGGCGUGGUCGUAGUGUAGAUUGCUCUGUCCAGACAGAUGACGACGAGGACAAGGCUGAGACUGAGCAGCCGGUCCGCCGAAGACGUUCGCGUUUCUCACGACACACUGAGUCCAGCAGCACUGCCACCACGUCCACUACAACCACUGACACCAAAAGCGACACUUCCAAGAUGGUAUCCUCCAGUAUAGCCAUUCAGACCAUUAGGGAAAUGUCUUGCCAGACAGAAGUGGAGCACCUAGGAAGAGUUUCCCCGGCAAUCCAUGUGACAGUACCAGACCCAAAUAAAGUAGAGAUUGUACACUAUAUCUCCGGGCCUGAGCGGACCCAAAAAGGACAGUCUCUAGCAUGCCAGACUGACCAGGAAUCCCAGUCACAGGGGGUUGUAGCUCCCCAGCUCAGUGUACCAACCACGGUCAGUCCAUAUUCUUCUUCUACCAGUACCGGUACACAACAAUCUGGUUCUAUCGACCAUCUGACUCAGCAGCGCCAGCAGCAGCACAUUACUGCAAAUGCAGCCAAGUUUGAACGACGCCGCCCCGACCCACUUGACAUCAACUACCAGCCUCAUAACCACCUCCACAAUGAGUCCAUCUCCAGCAUCAUUCGGCAGCAGCAGACCCCCAAAUCCCCACAAGUCCUCUAUUCCCCUGUCUCCCCGAUGUCCCCUCACCGCCUGCUGGAGACGUCUCUUUCCAGUGAGAGGCUGAACAAGGCCCAUGUCACACCUCAGCAGAAGUCUUACACAGCCGAGUCCCCCCAGAGACACCCAUCUAUGCCCCGACCCAUCAAGAGCACCCAGAGGUCCAUGUCAGACCCCAAGCCCCUCAGCCCCACCACAGAUGAGCACACCAAGGCCAGGCUGUCCCUCUACCAACAACAAGCACUCCAGAGCCAGCUGGCAGCCCUACAGCAGAGCUCACUCCUCCGUAAGGUAAAGCGAACCCUGCCCAGCCCUCCUCCGGAGGAGACUACCACAUCAGGUCACCUGCCCAUGAUGGCACCUGCCCUCCAACAGGUCUACCUGCCCUCCGUGCCCAGCCUCAAGCCAAGCUCCAGGUCUGGCCUAGCUGCCAAAGCCAGCCUCCUCAAAGACCUCACCCACGAGCUGAAGGCCGUGGAGCAAGAGUCAACCAAGCUAAGAAAGCAGCAAGCUGAACUGGAAGAGGAAGAGAAAGAAAUUGAUGCUAAACUGAGAUACCUAGAGCUGGGGAUCCACCAAAGGAAAGAGACACUGGUCAAGGAAAGGGAGAGGAGGGAUAUUGCCUAUCUGAGGUGUAUGGGGGACACUAGGGACUACAUGUCUGACAGCGAAUUAAAUAACCUACGUUUAGCAGCUGCAGCUGCAUCACAUGAGACCAAUGGGCUACUGUCAACGAGGCCAAGCACUGCCCCUAUGAGUCAGUUUACCAGCGACAUAAACACAGCAGCCCAAUACCCACCCGCCUCAUCCUUCCUCUCCUGUCAGUACCCCCAGAGCCAACCAGCAGCACCAAUUCAGCAAUCAAGUGUGCCGUACCAAUCUUCAACAUUUAACCAGCCUCCCUAUCCAACAGUGUCUCAGUCCCAGGCACUGCCACAGCCCACGCCCCUACAAAGUCAUGUCCAUCCUCCCGGACCUUCUUACCAGUCUCAAACCUCCUACCCUUCCCACACCUAUCCCCAGACUCAACCCCCUUACCCCCAGACAGACAUGGGGUUACCAACUAUACCUCAGCCUCAACCCCAGUCGGGGCAUACAGGUUUUGGGCCUGCACCGCCCGGUCAGCCCCCAUACCCCACCCACAGCUCACCCUAUCCCAGCGCUGUGUCCUCCUUCCCUAGCCAGAACCCCCCAUACCCUGGGCAACCCCAAGCUGAUAUCCUGACAGUCCACCCAGGAAGGCCAAGGCAGACUUCACUAGCCGAUCUGGAGCACAAGAUGCCCACUAAUUACGAGACGAUCAGCAACCCCACUGUUGUGGUGACCACCACGGCCCAGGACGCUUCCUACUCCAGUGCAGCCCCCUCUUAUGGUCAGUACACUGGAUCAACAACUAUGGCCAGCUCUUAUGGGCCAUACGGCUCAGCACCAGUGUCCAGCAGCUACGGUGGGUACUCUUCUAUGCCACCUAGCACUUUUGGCCAUUAUACAUCAACAGCAGCUAAUUCAUAUGGCCAGUACACCACAACCACUGCCAAUACUUAUGGCUACACCACAACUACAGCCAGCUCAUACGGACAGUACACUUCUACAGUCUCUAAUGCCUAUGGUCACUCUGUAGACAGUCCCUCUACAUAUAGCUCUGCAGAUGGGAUGUAUGGGGCCCCUGGCUUAGAGCAGAACAUCCCAAGGAACUAUAUGAUGAUUGAUGAUGUGAGCGAGCUGAUGGCAAAAGACGGGCUGGGCACGUCAACAGGGGACAUGAUGCAUCAUGGCGGAAGUGGGCGUUACCCGGGCGACAUCCAUGGCCACAACAGCACCAUUGGCAGCACAACGCGAGGGGGAACUGGCAGCUCCUCGUACGGCAGGGUACCUGAAGAGGAACCAGCAAUGCAGGAAGAGCUGUACGACCACCACGGCAGGGGUAAGAGCAGCUACAGGCACGGACCUCUAGGGGGCAGCAGCAGCAACGUGAGCGCUAGCAUGGGUGGGGGAUCCUCCUAUUACUAUGACUACGACUUCAAACAUGGCAGCAUUCGCCCUGGGGUACAGAAACCUCCAUUGUCCUCCAGAAGCCUUCUGGCUCCUGCUGUCAUGUCCUCCAAGCGCAGCAAGCACAGAAAACUGGGGAGCAUGGAGCAAAAAAUCUCUAAGUUUUCCCCGAUUGAGGAGGCUCGGGAUGUGGAGGCAGACCUGGCCUCCUAUUCCUCAGCGACAGUUGGGGCUUACCCCUCCUCUCACAUUCGAGGGCGCAAGCUUAUUGAGGAUUAUGGCUUCAAGAGGAAUACUUACGAGGCGGGCAGUGGCACCACUCAUGGUAGUCGAUACUAUGGUUCAACCGUGGAGGAGGAUGAUCGGAUUUACUACACCUCCAACGGCCGCUCCCGUUCUACCGGCUACGGCAUGGACAAGAUCUCAGCCAGAGACUACUCUGGGUAUCGUAGCCGAUCCUAUGAGAGGGACGACCGCUCCUACCGAUCUGGCUUCAGCCGGGGCCGCCACCCAACCCGACAGUACUCUGAAGAGGAGAGUCCACUCAGUCCCUUGGGGAGGUUAAUGGGUUCUGGGCGAUCAUCAAGCUUAGGCCCUGACCCAUACGACAGGCGCAGCAGUAGAUAUCAAUACUAUUAUGGCCAGUAUGGUUCCAGCCACUCCCUGCCAGACGUACAAGACCACAUACGGGACCUUCCCCGGACACAUGUCUACAAAUCGGAUGAUACGUACAUAAUAGACGAUUAUCAUUGCGCUGUGUCAGACAGCGAAGCCUACCAUCUUGGCCAAGAAGAAACUGACUGGUUUGAGAAGCCACGCUCCAGUUCUCGACACUAUGGCAGCAGCCACUCAUCUGGGAGGAGCCGGCACGGUGUCAAACACACCUACCAUGAUUAUGAUGAGCCUCCUGAAGAGGACCUGUGGCCUCAGGAUGAGUACGGCCACGGGGGGCGACACUCUACAACCCGUGACAACAGGCAGCAUGGCAGCUCUAGCAGACACUCAACCGCAUCACGUCAUUCAGAUGAGCCGAGGUCCUCACGGUCAUCUAAGGGGCACCCCAAAGACCCGUCAAUGCGCCAAGACCCCUCAGCACGAUCCUCAUCUUCAGGAAGGCGUGGUGAGUCCAGGUCCGGAGGGUACCACUCUUCCGACUACUCCCGAGAUCCGUCUGCGCAUCACCAUGGACAGCGAUCCUCCAGACAGGGGGACCCGCACCGUUCUUCUCGCAGCAAGUCCCAGCCGCCGCUGGACAUGCAGGGCCAACCAGGCUCCUCCAGGUCGGGCAGCAGCUCUGCCCGGGCUCAGGCCACUUCUGGCGGGCCAACUGGAUCAGGGCGACAGGGUGGUCCAGGUUCCCAGACAGAUGGAGCUCCAGGACAGAGGACCCAGCUCCAACAACAAGCCCAGACAUCGGCAGGCAGGCCAGGGCAGCCUGGUGUCGCUGCAACCACCGGCCCUCAGCAGCAGCCCCCAACCCAGGGACAAGGCAUGGGAAUGGGAAUGGGGCAGGGCCAGGCCAAGCCUGGGCAGAUGGGACCAGUGGGUGGACCCAUGGGGCAGGCAAGGCAGACAGGUCCCGCAGGAAACACAGGACCCACCAUGGCCAAAAUCGACACGCCUCCUGUAACAGCUAUUGGAGCAAAGGCAGCGCCUGUCAUGGCCACAAAAGCCGCACAGCCCCCACUUACAGGCAUAGGCUCCAAGGCAGUUCCUAGGCCGGGAGGUAUUGGCAGUGCAGCAGCAGGUCAGCCUGGCAUGGAGGGAGAAGGCAUGUUGUCCAAGAUCCUCCCUGGAUCUGCCGCUGAGCAGGCUGGAAAACUGGGAGAAGCUAUAACCGGUUUUGGCAAGAAGUUCACCUCUUUAUUCUGAGGUGCUAAGAUCAAGGACUAUGUAAAUGUCAAAUGACAAAGUCACAAGGCCCCGUACCAGAAAAACCUGUGGAAUUCCCCCUGCUUUUGUUUUACUAAGAAAGAGAGGAAGUAGAGAGAGAGGGGAACAGAGAGGAGAGCUGAGCAUACUGCCAACAAGGACUGGAAUCCUCUGGAUACUUCAUGUCUCAGGCCUGAGCACACACUGGCAGAGAGAACACUCUGCUCUCUCUGGCAGGCCAGACAAUCAUGCCAAGGCAACACCCGGGUUUACAAGGAAUAGCCUCUACCCAGUGUCCCUAGCCAAAGAAUUGGUCUCCACCAAACUACCACAGAGUCCUAGAACCAACCUGUAGCAGUUAGACACAUCUCCGCUCCUUCACUACAAAAAAACAAUUGGCAGCCAAACAUGACAGCAAAAUUCAAGAAGUUUUGUUUUGUUUUUGCUGCUCUUCCUCGACGCCAGUAGAGGGAGCCUGCUUACAUCACUGGAGAACUACACAGCCGUUGAGGACAAGUAGAACCAAUGGAGGCCAUGUACCACCUCAGCCCUCCAUGUGGAUUUUACACUACAGCUUCAAUGGAAUGAAAUAAAAGGAAGGUGCAAUUCUACUUCUAUAUGCUGAUGACUUCAGCAUUUUACAGGACAUGGUAGCUUUACCACAGGCAUGGUGGCAUGAUAGGAUCCUUGGUUUCACAAUCACGUGCUCAAACUAGGAAUAACAGCAACAAACCAGCCUCUCUCCUCUUUUCUAUCUCUUCUCUAAGUAAAACAAGAGUAGGGGAAAUAAACUUAUAGAACUUGCUGAAGUAUCGCAGGUUUUUCUGGUACUAAAGACCUCUUUUUAAUCAUCUGUCAGGAAGGAAAUAAAUGGAAAUGUCAUGUUGAAUGAAUAAGGCAAUGCUAACGACAUAGCUGACACAGAGAACCAGUGUGUCGGCUGGCGUUUCUUUCCACGUUUUGUUUCUAUCUACAUUCCAGAUUGGAACUAUUGAAACCUUUUGCUCCCGCUCUUCCUCACCUCUCUGCGUUUCUUGAAUGUUGAUUCUUGUUUAUUUCUAAUCCCCGCCCAACGAUCCUCCACUUGCCAUGUCUUUCAAGAAGUGUAGUGGAUUAAAAAAAAAGUAAGAAUUUGGAAUGCAUGGAACUUUAUAUCCAAGACCUUACACUGUUCAUCAUUACUUAACAGAGGCCAUAAAGACACUGGAAAACACAUCUUAGCUAGACAACGUAUACAGUAACAAGGAAGAGAGAUUUCCGGAGCAACUUACAGGAAUUGGGCCGCGGGAAUAGGAGGAGCCUUUUUUGUAAGGAAAAAAGAAACAAUUGAUUGGUAUUUGGAGCGAAGCCGUAUGUGGUCGGGUUGUUUUUCAGCCAUUGCAAAGCCAUUAAGACAACAUUUACCUGCAGUGCUUGUGGUGAUGGGGUUUCUCCAACUGCUCCACAACAUUUGGCUCUCGGAUAUGUCUCAUGUUGUUGUUGGUGAUUAUCAUUUCUUGUGUUCUCUUCAUUUUUUAUGAUUUUAGUUUUGUUUAUUGCCGGGUUUUUUGUUGCAGGUUACCAAUUUUGCCUUAAUCAUUCUUAAAUAUUUUAUUUUAAAGUAAAACUGGAAUCUUUUUAAUACACCCAGUAAACACAGUUAAAUCACACCCUUUUUUAUGUAGUAAUAUCAGCUGGAACACUGGCCACAGUGAGAUUAAUUUAUAUUUUUUUAAUUAACUUUGUUUUUGAUAAUUGUUUGUAAUAUUUUUUUAAUUUAUUUAUGUUUUGUUACGUUCACCAUGCCCUCUGUCAAUUGUUUGACCCUUAUUUAUUAUAAAUACUUAUUAAAAGCAAUAGAGUUAAAGGUAAGAAAGUAAAGAGCACUAGUGAGAGAAUUAAUACAUAAGAGAGCAGGAGCUUAACUAUAAACAAGAGUUUGGUACCACCCAGAUCUUCUCCUCCAACCAACAGUGCGACAUCAUGUCGUCAAUCAACCACUCGGUGGAUCGGAGCGAUACGCUGCUUGUGUUAGCCAGCUGGAGUCGGAUCUGAAAGCACUGCAGGGCAGCAGAGAGGCACUGAAAAGCAGACCAGUCACACAUCACGGCAGAACUGGACUUGACAUUGUCACUUGGGGGGGUUCGGGUUUCCAUGGGAUUCUUCUGACCCUCCAAGAUGGAUGUUUAUUGGGAGCCUCGCCAAGCUCCUUACACAUCAGUGUGUAUCCACAUGUGUCUUCACUCCGUCAAAUGUGCACAGCACACGUGAAAGCACACUCGAAAAUGGUGUCAAAAAGAAAGGGAGGAAAAACUUCUCUCAUGUGACUGAGGAACCAAAAGUAACACACUUGGUUGUGUCACAAAGUCACUUGCCUUUUUUUAUUUUUCAUUUUCUAUCAUGGUGGCGUGCAGACUUUUAACCCAAUUCCCGAAAACCUCUCUCACAUACUGUCAGUUGUCAUGGAAACUUCUCAGGUCAGUGUUCUCCCUGCUGUUGCUCCUGCAGUGCAUUGUGGAAUCUGCGGUUCGGUACUCAAACCUACUCUGUCGGGCCAAACAUUGCGAGGCCUUCAGCAAAACCAACGAACCAACCAACUUCUGCUGUAUAUUGUCUGUGUGAAUGCUCGCUGGGAACCUUUGCAUGCUGCCCGGCGCAGAAAACCUCAAAGUCACCUCUAUAUUGUUCUGUUCCUAAUGUUUGUAUGUAUGUGUGGGGGUCUGUAUGCGUGUAUUUAAUGACCAUCAUACAAUGUGGAAAAAGAAAGAAAACAAGACAAACACGAGUUCAACCACAACAAAUAUGGUGAGCAGAAGAGGCAACCUCUCAUCUCCAGUCCUUCUAUGCAAUGAAUCAGAUUUGGAAAAAUAGAAACAUGAGGAGGAAAAGGAAAGGAAAAAUACAUGAAUGGGUCAAGUAAUGAAAGAAAAGUCACAAUCAUUUAUUACACCUUGUUUAUUCAAAUAUCCAGUUUGCUUUGUUUUGGCAUCCCACAUAUCAAAAUAAGGACAUUCUGUGAAUUUCUGUGUGUUUAAAAUAGGUCACCAGUAAGCUAGGAAAUAACAAGAAGGGUCUUUGAAUUACUUGUGUGUCUCUGCCAAAGGAUCUCUCUAUAAAGAUGUGUUUAUGACAGCUGGGAAAUGGCAAUUAGAGCUGAGAGGAUGAUUAAGGAAACAGCAGUGGUCCUGCCACAGAUCCACCAGUAUGUUUUUAUAAAUGUUUCAUGGAAUCAGAAAAUGUCAAUGGUCCAUCAGUAAUUACCAUUAAGAAUGGUCUGUGGUAGGAAAACUGCAUACAAUUAAACUUAGAAUGUUCAUGAGCUAAAACAAAGAUAUCACAAAAGAUGCUGCGCAAUAAAUAGUCAACUUGCUGUUCUAUUAGAGUAGUAUUUCCUAAAAAAUAAGGAAAUAAAAUGCUUUUUAAAUAGGCGGUUAGAGAAAGUGCUGAAAGAUCCCAGCUGUCGUGAAAGCAUCUGCUGUCUGCUUUUUUUGUUCAAGCAGGGAUUAACAGAAUAUACAUAAAAGUUGUCCAGAGAUUUAUAUAAAAAUAGACUACAUAUAUAAAAAAGUCCAAAUAUUCCCUAACAUGGUUUGUGUCUGCUCAGGGGCAAAGAAGAAAAGCUCCUCUUUAUUUAAUUUUAUUCGGUAGAUGACGAAGGCCCAAAACUAGACUACCUGAAUGUGCACUUGUUGUUUUGCAAAGAGAGAAGUAUUUAAAGAAUAUUUAGGUGAAACAAAAAGCCAGUUCAAACACAAAUAUUUAUAUGCAUAUAUAGAUAAUGAAAUAAAAUUUAUAUAUUAUAUUUGAUUAAAAAUACUGCUGUAGGCUACUACUGAUGUACUAUUCAAGGCAUUCCUAAAUCUAAUUAACUGGUGUGAGAGUCAGUUUGUAUGUGUGUUUAAAGGUGCACGGUAACUCCUUUACAACUUCUUCACUUUACUUCAAGUCACUGAAACUGUGUAAAAGAAGUCAAUACAUAUAUUUUUUGUGAAACAUUUAUGAAAUGAUUUAUCUAAGUAAGAAUUUAUUUUAUCAUAGUGAGAGGGGAUAGAAAGCUGGCUGGGAGUGAAGAAAGAAGAGAGAUUUAGGUUUGAAAUCUAUGGACAGAGUGAGAAAAUAUGUUUGUACAGAUGUUAUCUAUCGCUGGAUUUAUGCACAACCACAAUAAUCAAUUGUAUAAAAUCUAUUUAAUUGAAGUUAUUCUUUUGAAUCUGGCAAAAAAGAAAUACAUCAUCCUGUGUAUUUGAUCACAGACGAUCAGAUUGGUGGGUGUUAAAAAUGUAAUUUUCUGGUAAUGUGCUGUCAAUUGAUUGGUUGUUUUGACAUACUUCCACAGUUUUCCCGUUCUCUAUUUUACGUACAAGAUUACAGGUUAUCAUAGAUGUUACUUUUUUGGGGUCUUUGUAGAGUUAAAUUCAGCUGUGUGAUUAUUCUGGUUCUGUUGGGAUCGGGCCAUGGCCUUGACAAACUGCACCGAGCCUGGAGAGAUCACUUCCCAGGUACACUGCCACCAGAUCAGUGACUUAAAAUUAGUGUCAAAGUAGAACAAAUAAUAUGAUAGAGAGUUUAAAGUUACCCAACUUAAUACUAACUUCCUUUAUUGUAUGUCAUAUGUUUUUGGAAGUUUGUAAAAAAAAAUUAAACGUUCAGUAAAAUGUUCCUCAAUCACUUUCUCCUCAGGAAAGCACACACUAAAUGCAGCAUCACAACUGAGAUGAUCAAUAGACAAUAGAAAAUAAUGAGUGCAUUUAUGCAGGCGCAAUACAUUUUUACCACUUUACGACACAGAUGUGAUCUUCCCAUGACUGCUGUUAACAAGAGGGAUUCAGCAAUCGCCAUCAAGACAAAUAACAAGAUCUGUGUCAAAAUGUCUGUAAAAAAAAAAAACAAGUCAAAUUUUUUUGCUCCUGUGUGAAAACAACCACUAAAGGUGACUUAUUAUGCAUAGCAGCAAGGGCUUUUAUACUAAAAUACUGGUCACUGAAGAAAGCCAUCCUGUUACUGCCCUCUAGCCAGUCGUGGUCUCCGUCUAUACUCUGCAUGGUGUCUGUCUAUAUCCAGGAAAGCAAUGUCAGACCAUCACCAGUGGGCCAAAUCACUAAGCCACAGCCUGGUUUUUCAGAGGUGUUUGAAGCACAAAUGUUGACAAUGUUAAAGUUAAAACUUAGAGUUGUGUUCCAAAUCAAGAUGAUAACAAACUUGCAGUGAGAUCUGCUUGGAAAUAGCUUCUUAAAGCCCCCCGAAAAACAGAAACUUGUUUUCAAGAGUGAGAAAUGUACCUUUUUCUAAAUAUAAGGAGCUCACAUUAAUUCCUUUCAAAUUAUGUUUUGGAACAAAACUCUUGUGUUUUAUAAGUUUGCAAUAGAACACAAAGGGUCAGAUUUCCAGACACAUCCAAGAGAGGUUACAUCCAACAGAUCUGUGUUUAAAAGAAGUCAAAUCUUAAAAGUCUUGAGUCCUCUUUGAAUCAGACAUCAAGAGUCUUAGCAAUAAGUUAGCAUUUACACAGUCAGACGUUCAGAUUUUUGACCCUUUGUUGCACUGAUCUGGUAUCAGAAUGAGGUGUUUUUCUAACUAUACAGCCACGAAAAAGGGAAUGACAAAUUCUUAGCCCCACAGACUUAAAAAGAGUCAACGGUGUUUAAACGCAGCCUAGAAGGCUUUUGGGAAACCCGGACUGAGUGUGUUUGUGUGUUCCUUACCAAAAAGCUAGCAUACAGUGCUUAUAAAGUUCGUAGUGUCACCAUUGCACUUGCUGUCGGUCAUGCAGACAGUCGUUGUGUAUAGCAGGACCGGAGAACAAUUUUAAAACACACAAAUACAUAUAUAAAUGUAUGUUUCAUAGGUGAGAGGUUGUAAAGAGAGAGAAAGAAUGCUGAAACAAAAAAGAAAGUCCAUCUUUCACUGUAAAACCAUCAGGGAGCGUUCAUUUAUCUUUCACCUGUAAUGAAUCAUCAAACAAUUACAAGUGCAUGACCUCGACAUCUCCCCCACCCAAGCUACCCCCACCCUCGACCACCCAUCCCUAGUCCUUUCCAACCUCUUCGACUUGUGACCUCCCACCUUACGGGCUGCCAUCUUUUUCAACUGUAAAUACCAGAUGGGAACCAGAGUCUGCUUUGAACAAAUAACAACAUGUAAAUGCCAUUAAGGUUUACAUGUUGUUCUGUACAACAUGUAAAUCUCAAACAUGCUAACAUACCACAACACACUCAGGCAUGAGAGAGGCCUUUGGACACUACACAGCGACACAAGCUGGAGUGUAUGCAAGCCUCCCUGCCCAAAC